CUUACCUGGACGACUGCCCCCAGUGGUCGACGCCCACCCUGGUUGCCCGGCACAGGCGUGCUUGCUUGCUUGCGCAUCUUCCGCGUGGCAGGCUGGACUUGGUUGGGGGCCGCAUCUACAGUAAAUUACAAUAAUCUUCAAUCGGACAACACCUUCGCCCGGGAACAUCGCCAGAUUCGCAACGAACUCCCCCAUCUGGAAGCCAGAAAGUCUCCCUACAGCUUCACCGCAUCCGCGUACGAUAACCUGGCCUGCCAAGACAGCAAUCUUGGGCCCCCCGAAUGGAGUCAAUUGUCUGUUCACUCCUCUGGCAGGGUUUUUUUUUUGGUAUUCAGGCUCAAUCUUUCCAUCGGUGGUAUUUCCUGCUGCAAAUCACCGAGAUCUCGAGCCGACGUGCAGCGCUGCCGCCGAUGAAUGCAAUGGCUGGCGCUUGAUCCACGUUCAACCAGCAGUGUACUGUAGGCGCAACUGUCCGCUCGGAACUUGCCCCAUUGCGAGAUGCUGGGAGUCUGGAGCCAGCGAGAGCCACUCAUCUCGAGGUCCAAAAUGCCCGAGCGAUCGCUGGCAUCAGCAGCGUGCAGGCAUGGAUCUGUAAGGGGAUGCCUAUCUAUCGAGAACGGUCUCCUCGUUGAAGAACAAUCUCACCACUUCUGGACUGACGACGAGGGGCAGGGCCGCAGCCGCCACCAUUCAUACUCGCUCCUGAUAUUCUACAAUUUACGCGACGAACUGCUAACUACUGGAAACUACGACGGCUCCACGGGCCAAGAACGUGGCUUUGCUUCUCCAAACGGGCGAGCACCCUGGCGUUAUUCCGCCUCCAAUGUGACAGCACUUCCGAGGCCAUCCUGGAUGGGAAGUGUCCAUGUCGAUCAAUCAUCACGGGCUUCAGUCCCUCGUUACACAGCACUCCUCGGCGAGCACCAGCACAUGGCUCGCACGGGCCCCGAUGCUCCCAUUCCAGAAGGCCCAUUUCUGCUGUACCUUCUUGCAAUGUAUCGGUGGCCUCAGGCCUUGAAUCGGAACAUCAAGCCUGCAGAUGCAGUUACGGCAUCCGUCCGCAUCCGUACCACAUGGCGUCCUGGCAUGAAUCUCAUUCACGAACAAAGCACCACCCAAUGCCAGGAUCCUGGCUGGCAUUGGCGAAUACCCGAGAGGUAUUACUUCUUAAGUUCCUCCCCUUGA